AUGCGGCAGGAGGGCGAGGACCGGCCGAGCCCGCGGUCCGCGCACACGCUCGUGAUCGCGGGCGAGUUCGCGUACAUGUUCGGCGGCUGCGACAAGCGGCGCCCGCCGGGGCCGAACAACGAGCUGUACAAGCUGGACAUGAGCGACAAGUCCUUCUUCUACUGGUCGAAGGUGCCCGCGGGCGACGGCGGCGCCGCGCCCGCGCCGCGGUGGCACCACACGGCGCACAUGUACAACGACCGCACCAUGCUCGUGUUUGGCGGCUUUAGCGCGGACAAGGUGUCGCGCUAUUUCAACGACCUCUGGCUCUACGACACGAAGAGCGAGAAGUGGUCCCAGCCGCCGCCCGCGGAGACGGUGCCCGACCAGUCGGGGCUGCCGUCGCUGAAGCGGCCGUGGGCGGGCGUGCCCCAGCCGCGCGGCGCGCACGCGUCGACGCUCGUCGGGUCGGCUUUGAUGAUCUUCGGCGGCUACGGCGGGUCCGGCUUCUCGCGCCGCGACUUCGCGGACCUGCACAGCCUGGACAUGGAGACGAUGGAGUGGGAGGAGGUCGAGACGACGGGCGAACCCCCGGAGGCGCGGUCCGGCCACCAGCUGCUGUCCAUCGAGGACCGCCAGCUCUACGUGAUGGGCGGCUGGAAUUCGUCGCGCCAGUUCGACGACGUGCACGUCGUCGAUUUAGCGACCAAGGCCUGGUCGCAGCCCGCGAUGGCGUCCGGUCCGGACUACUGGGGCCCGCCGCGGUGGAACUUCACGGCCGUCGCGGUCUUCGCGGUGCCCUUCUGGAAGAUCUUCGUCUUCGGCGGCAACUCGGGCGAUCUGGUGGAGGGCAAGACGCCCACGGGCGAGUACUGCAACGACAUCAUGGUCUUGGAGUGCGGCGAGAACGUCUGGGUCCGGCCCGAGACCGUCGGCGACAUCCCCAUCCCGCGGUCCGACAGCCCCAUGGCCUACGACGACAAGAAGGGCACCAUGGUCCUGUACGGGGGCUGGCGCCACUCCUGGCACGGCGACAUGGCCGUCUGCAACGUCGCGGCCGUCGUCGGCCCGCCCUACUCCGUCGAGGACAUCUCCCCCACGAUCGGCCCCGUCACGGGGUCGACGCUCGUGGAGCUGCGGGGCAUGGGCUUCUCCACGGUCAAGGGCGAGGUCACGGUGCGCUACGCCUGCCCCAAGGGCUUCGAGGUCGGCUCCUGCGGCACGGUCAUCGACGACCAGACCAUCACGUUCGAGACGCCCAACUACGAGCACUACGGCGCCGUCGAGAUCGAGUGCCGCGUGUCCAUCGGCCCGAAGCCGUUGACGAACUCCAAGGUGAAGAUGUCCUACUUCUCCGUGACCGACGCGUCGCAGUGCCUGGCUUUUGGCCCGGGCCUCGUCAACGGCUGCAUCGCGGGCAACCCGACGACGAUCUGCAUCGUCGCCAAGGACGAGCACGGCAACAACCGGUCCUGCGGCAUGGACGAGUUCUCCAUCCGCAUCGAGCCGCCGGCGCAGCCCGACGAGCUCAAGGAUUUGGACAUCGAGGUCAAGGAGACGAAGCCGGACAAGGACCACGACUUCGACCCGCAGUUCGCGAUCGAGCCCGAGUGCACGGACGCGGAGGAAUUGAAGGUCCAGGUGGAGCUGUCCGACUCGGGCGACGGCACCUACGUGGCGGCCUUCGCGGCGCCCGUCGUCGGCACCUACACGAUCACCAUCGAGUUCAUGGGCACGUUCGACGGCAAGGCGGGCCCCGUGCGCGGGUCGCCCUUCCAGAUGACGUGCGUCGACCGCGACGAGUACAUCGAGAAGAACCCGAAGGACAUCCGGUUGAGCGAGGGCGAGACGGAGCCGUCCGACGAAUUAUUAUCUUUCAACAACUCCAUGGACGGGCCCAUCGUCACGAACGACGUGCUCAACAAGAUCAAGGAGAUCCGCGAGUUCUCGAACAAGAAGAAGCGCGGCCUCCAGAAGCUCGACCCGACGAAUUAUGAUGCGAUCGCGCCCCUCAUCGAGGGCAAGGAGCAUUUGAGAGAUAUCGAGAAGAUGUCGGAGCAGUACGCGCUCUGCAUCGACACGACGCGCGUCGCGCUCGCGCAUCUCAAGAGCCGGGGCAACCAGGUCGACCGCAUGAUGGACCAGCUCGGCAAGGCCAUCGUCGACUGGACGGAGGUCCUCGCGCUCGUGGAGCCCACGGCGACGGCGAUCACGCCGACGACGAUCCACUUCGCGAACAAGACCGUCGGCUGGAUCGAGGAGUACGAGCAGAAGAUCAAGGAUUUGGACGAGUCCUUCCGCGGGUCCAAGGUCUUCUCCAUGGAGGUGGGCCACGACGACGCGCUCAAGAUGCUCGACAAGAACGAGAAGGAGUUCGUCGAGGAGACGAAGAUCCUCGAGAAGAACGCGCACCUCUGCGCGGUCUUCGAGUUCCCGGAGAAGAUCAACAAGUCGCAGGAGAUCCUGCAGACCAUGCAGAAGACCGUCGACUUCAUGCGCGCGGCCUGGGGCGUGUCCGAGGACAUCACGUGCUUCAUCACGGACGCCAAGGCGCUGCUCUGGCGCGAGCUCGAGAUCGAGGACCUCGAGGACGGCGCGAAGGCGCAGACGAAGAAGCUCAGCGGCCUCAACAAGACCAUCCGCUGGUGCCCGCUCUACAAGGACACGUCGCGCGCCAUCAAGGACUUCAUCAACACGAUCCCGCUCAUCACCGCGCUGCGGUCCAAGGCCAUGCGGCCGCGCCACUGGGACCUGCUCCGGAAGGCGACGGGCAAGGAGUUCACGCCGCCCUACGAGGACGAGGACCUGCAGCUCGGCGGCCUCCUCUCGCUCAACCUCCACGAGUUCAACGCGGACGUCGAGGAGAUCUGCGACCAGGCGACGAAGGAGGAGAAGAUCGAGGUCAACCUCGAGAGCCUCACGGAGCGGUGGCGCCAGAUCGAGUUCCUCGCGGACAUGUACAAGGGCACGGAGGUGCCCCUGCUCAAGGUCCAGGAGGAGGACUGGGAGUCCCUGGAGAACGACCAGCUCACGGUCCAGGGCAUGAUGGCGAGCCGCUACAUCGCGCAGUUCGAGAAGGAGGUCGCGAGCUGGCAGGUCGCGCUCGUGACCAUCUCCGACGUCUACACGACGAUCAACGAGAUCCAGCGCACCUGGUCCUACCUCGAGCCCCUCUUCAUCCACUCCGACGAGGUGAAGCGCGAGCUGCCCGUCGACGCGGAGCGCUUCGCGGGCAUCGACGUCGAGAUCAAGGACGUGCUCACGUCCGCGUGGGAGGUGAAGAACAUCAAGGAGGCCUGCAACGUCGACGGCCUCCUGUCUCGCCUCGAGGGCGAGCUCGGCGGGCUGGACCUGUGUAAAAAAUCGCUGGCCGACUUCCUCGACGGCCGCCGGCGCCAGUUCCCGCGCUACUACUUCACGUCCGAGGCGGACCUGCUCGACAUCCUCUCGAACGGCUCGCAGCCGGAGAAGGUCAUGAUCCACACGUCCAAGAUCUACCUCUCCACGAAGACGCUGCGCCUCGACCCCGAGAACCGGACGGCGAGCAACCGCCCCAUGGCCGUGGGCUGGGUCGCGGACGUCGGCAAGGAGUACACGCCCUUCGAGCCCGCGGUCCCGCUCGAGGGCAAGGUCGAGAUCUACAUGCAGACCGUUUUAGACGCCAUGAAGUCGACGCUCUUCCAGAAUCUCAAGCGGUCCGUGAUCCGCUACGCGCAGAUGGAGCGCAAGCACUGGGUCAUGGCCAAGGACGAGGACGGCGCGCGCCCGGCGGACCCCGCGCAGAUCAUCUUGCUGACGCUGGCCAUCAACUACGUCCAGGAGGUCGAGGAGUCCUUCGAGAAGAUCGAGGCGGGCAACGAGGCCGCGCUGGCGGAGUACAACGUCCUCCAGAUCGACCAGCUCGGCGAUUUGGUGCGCCUCACGCAGGGCGACCUCGACGGCGAGAACCGGACGCGCAUCAUGGUUUGCAUCACCAUGGACGCCCACGGCCGCGACAUCGUCCAGAAGCUGGUGCGCGAGCGCGUCAACGUCGUGUCCGCCUUCCAGUGGCAGUCCCAGCUCAAGCACAAGUUCCGCGUGCCACCGAGCUACGCGAGCCACAUCGGCCGCGACCCGCACCUGCGCUCCGAGUCGGGCCAGCGCGCGGAGAUCGCCAUCUGCGACGCCAUCCUGCCCUACGACUACGAGUACCUGGGCAACGGGCCGCGACUCGUCAUCACGCCCCUGACGGACCGCAUCUACGUGACGGCGACGCAGGCGCUGAACCUGAAGAUGGGCUGCGCGCCCGCGGGCCCCGCGGGCACGGGCAAGACGGAGUCCACGAAGGAUUUGGCGUCGGCGUUGGCCAAGUGCUGCUACGUCUUCAACUGCUCGCCGGAGAUGGACUACAAGGGCUUGGGCAACAUCUUCAAGGGCCUGGGGUCGUCGGGCUCCUGGGGCUGCUUCGACGAGUUCAACCGGUUGAUCCCCGAGGUGCUGAGCGUGUGCACGGUCCAGUUCAAGGCCGUCUGCGACGGCAUCAAGGCCGAGGCCGCGCGCGUCACCGUCGAGGGCGACGAGGUGUCGCUCGACCCGACGUGCGGCGCGUUCAUCACGAUGAACCCGGGCUACCUCGGCCGCUCGGAGCUGCCCGAGGGGCUCAAGGCGCUGUUCCGGCCCAUGACGGUCAUGGUGCCCGACCUCGUGCUCAUCUGCGAGAACAUGCUCAUGGCCCAGGGCUUCGUCGACGCGAAGUCGCUCGCGUCCAAGUUCUACGGCCUCUACUCGCUGCUCAAGGAGCUCCUGUCGAAGCAGCUCCACUACGACUGGGGUUUACGGGCUGUAAAGUCCGUGCUCGUCAUCGCGGGGACGAUGAAGCGCGCGGACCCGCAGCUGCCGGAGGACUCGAUCCUCAUGCGCGCGCUCCGCGACUCGAACAUUCCCAAGAUCGUCAAGGAGGACCAGGUCGUCUUCUUCGGCCUUUUAGGCGACCUCUUCCCGGGCAUCAACCCGGAGCGGAAGCGCGACAUGAACCUCGAGGACGCCAUCGUCAAGGCCUGCGGCGACCUGGGCCUCGACCCGGACGACGAGUUCUGCCUCAAGACGGUGCAACUCGAGGAGCUGCUCGCGAUCCGCCACUGCGUCUUCGUCAUGGGCCCCGCGGGCGCGGGCAAGUCGCAGUGCUGGCGCACGCUCGCCCAGGCGCGCAAGAUCAUGGACCCGGAGAAGCUCACGACGAUGAUCAAGGACGUGAACCCCAAGUCCGUCAAGACCGAGGAGCUCUACGGCUUCAUCUCCAUGGCCACGCGCGAGUGGCGCGACGGCCUCCUGUCCGUGGUCAUGCGCAACCUCGGCCGCAUCGAGGACGAGCUGCCCAAGUGGAUCCUCCUCGACGGCGACCUCGACGCGAACUGGAUCGAGUCCAUGAACUCGGUCAUGGACGACAACCGCAUGCUCACGCUCGCGUCGAACGAGCGCAUCCCGCUCAAGCCCCACAUGCGCAUGAUCUUCGAGAUCCGCGACCUCAAGCACGCGACGCCGGCGACCGUGUCGCGCGCGGGCAUCCUCUACAUCUCGACGAACGAGGGCUCGCAGUGGCGGUCGCUCAUCGCCGCGUGGAUCAAGCAGCGGCCCGAGUCGGAGGAGUGCAAGGAGUGGCUCCGCGAGAUCUGCGCGGAGUACGUCGGCGAGUCGCUCGACUGGAUGAAGCUGAACAUCAAAACCGUGUUGCCCCUCGAGGACAUGAACCUCGUGCAGUCGCUCCUCUACAUGCUCGCGCUCCUCCUGAAACCGGACAACACGGGCACGCGCGAGGCGCUCGAGAUCGUCUUCAACUUCUGCCUGAUCUGGGCUUUGGGGUCGCCCCUGGGCCAGAGCGACGACGGCGUCCAGUACCGCGCGCUCCUCUCGGACUACUGGCGGGGCCAGUGGAAGAACGUCAAGUUCCCGACGCGCGGCGCGUCGAACUCCGUCUUCGACUACUAUUUGGAGCCCAAGUCGAACCAGUUCGAGCAGUGGAGCAAGAGCCCCUUCUUCUACCACAUCGACUUCGACACGGAGAAGAUGAACAUGGCCCAGAUCACCGUGCCCACGGCCGAGACGUGCUCCGUCGCGUUCUGGAUGUCCGACAUGGUCAAGAACCACCACCCCGUCAUGCUCGCGGGCCCGAGCGGCACGGGCAAGACGCAGCAGGUCAUGGGCAUGCUCAAGGACCAGAACCCGACGGACAUCCUCUCCGCGACGAUCAACUUCAACUUCUACACGACGUCGGACGUGCUCCAGAACACGAUGUGUUUACCGUUAGAGAAGAAGACGGGCACGAACUUCGGCCCGCCGGGCCAGGCCUACCUCGUCUACUUCGUCGACGACCUGAACCUGCCGGAGGUCGACUCCUACAACACGCAGAGCGCCAUCGCGCUCCUCCGGCAGCAGAUGGAGUACGGCCACAUCUACGACAUGACGAAGCUCGCGCAGAACCCGGUGAAGAACAUCUCCAAGACCCAGGUCGUCGCGUGCAUGAACCCGACGGCGGGCUCCUUCGUCAUCAACCCGCGCCUCCAGCGCUGGUUCGUGACCUUCGCCAUCGGCAUGCCGUCGCGGUCGUCGCUCAACGUCAUCUACGACACGUUCCUGAUGGGCCACCUCAAGGCCGACUUCCCCGCGGAGGUCGCGUCGCUCAAGGACAACAUCAUCAAGGCGGCGAUGAAUUUGCACAAGGAGGUCAUGGAGAAGUUCCGCAAGACGGCGACGAACUUCCACUACGAGUUCAACAUCCGCCACCUCGCGAACGUCUUCCAGGGCCUGCUCGUCGCGCAGGCGGAGCAGAUCACGACGGGCGAGAAGCUCGUCCACCUCUGGCUCCACGAGUCGGAGCGCGUCUACGGCGACCGCCUCGUGUCGCCCGAGGACCUGCGCAAGUACAACGACCUCGCCCAGGGCCAGGCGCGCAAGCUCUUCCAGCAGUUUCCCGUGGACAAGUUCUACGCGAAGGAGAACAGCGAGCCCCUCAUCUUCUGCCACUUCUGCGAGGACAUCGAGGACCCCAUCUACGACCAGAUCACGGGCAUCGACAAGAUGCUCCACACGCUCGAGGGCGCGUUGGAGCUCUACAACGAGUCGAACGCGGUCAUGGACCUGGUGUUGUUCGAGGACGCGAUGAAGCACGUCGCGCGCAUCUCGCGCAUCGUCCUCAACGAGGGCGGCCACGCGCUGCUCGUGGGCGUCGGCGGCUCGGGCAAGCAGUCGCUGUCGCGCCUCGCCGCCUUCAUCUGCCACUACACGGUCACGCAGAUCGUCAUCUCGUCGUCGUACUCGAUCACGGACCUCAAGGACGAUUUGAAGGGCAUGUACAACAAGGCGGGCCUCAAGGAGGAGGGCGUCAUGUUCCUCCUCACGGACUCGCAGAUCACGAACGAGCGGUUCCUCAUCUACAUCAACGACCUGCUCGCGUCGGGCAACAUCCCGGAUCUGUUCGCCGUCGACGAGGUCGACAACAUCGUCAACUCCGUCGCGAACCGCGUCAAGGCCGCGGGCCUCGAGCAGACGCGCGCCAACUGCUGGGACUACUUCAUCACGGAGAUCCGCCGCAACCUCCACGUCGUCCUCGCCUUCUCGCCCGUCGGCGACGACUUCCGGAACCGGUCUAGAAAGUUCCCCGCGCUCGUCAACUCGACGGUCAUCGACUGGUUCCAGCCCUGGCCCGAGGACGCGCUGCUGAGCGUCGGCCAGCGCUUCCUCGAGGAGAUCGACGUCGGCACGGCGGCGCACCGCACGGUCAUCGAGAAGUUCAUGCCCUACUCGUUCAUCGAGGUCAACAAUCUGGCGAAGCGGUUCCAGUCCGAGGAGCGGCGCCACGUCUACACGACGCCCAAGUCCUUCCUCGAGCUCCUCAAGCUCUACCAGGUGCUGCUCGAACACAAGCGCGAGGACAGCGACAAGAGCAUCACGCGCCUCAAGAGCGGCCUCAAGAAGAUGCAGGAGACGUCCGACGCGGUCACGGAGAUCGAGGCCUCCCUCAAAAUCACGCUCGAGGACGCGGAGCAGAAGAAGACCAAGGCCGAGGGCAUCUCCGAGGUCGUGUCCAAGGAGAAGGCCAUCGUCGAGGUCGAGACCGCGGGCGCGGAGCAGGAGGCGGCCAAGGUCGCGGUCGUGCAGAAGGACGUCGGCGAGAAGCAGCGGUCCACGGCGGAGGAUCUGGCCAAGGCCGAGCCCGCCGUCGAGGCCGCCAUGGCCGCCCUCGACUCCCUCGACGCCAAGUCGCUGGCCGAGUGCAAGUCCAUGAUCAAGCCGCCCGCGGGCGUCGACGACAUCUUCAUCUCGACGAUGAUCCUCCUCGCGGACAUCUACCCGGCCGUGCUCCACAACAAGAAGAAGGUCAAGGACCGCUCCUGGGACGCGGCGAAGAAGCAGUGCCUGGGCAACAUCAAGGAGUACAUCGAGUACCUCAAGAUGAUCAAGGUCAAGGUCGACGAGUCCGUGGACCUGACGACGCAGAUGAAGGAGAUCCGGCCCUAUUUGGCGUUGGAGCACUUCAAGGUCGAGAUCAUCGCGGGCAAGAACUCGGCCGCCGCGGGGUUGACGGCCUUUGUUUUGAACAUCGUCACGUACUACGACAUCGUCAUCACGGUCGAGCCGAAGCGCAUCGCGCUCGCCGAGGCGAACGCGCAGCUCGAGGCGGCCAACGCGAAGCUCAAGGCCGUCAACGAGAAGGUCGCGGACCUCCAGUCGAAGCUGGCCAUCCUCACGGACAACUUGGACGUCGCCGAGCGCGACAAGCAGGAGGCGCUCGACGCGGUGGAGAAGGGCCAGCGGAAGCUCGACCUCGCGCAGCGCCUCACGUCGGCCCUCGCGUCGGAGAACGAGCGCUGGAAGGAGAGCGUCAUCCAGAUGGAGGCGUCGAAGAACCUGCUCACGGGCGACGUGCUCCUCGCGUCGUCGUUCAUCUCCUACGCGGGGCCCUUCACGAAGUCGUUCCGCGACAUCCUGAUGCAGGAGAAGUUCUUCGCGUACCUCAUCAAGUCCUUCAACGGCGGCGCCGAGGCGCCGGCGGAGGGCGCGCCGGAGAUGCCCAUGUCGCCGACCUUCGAUCCCAUCUCCAUCCUGACGACGGACGCGGAGAUCGCCGUGUGGAAUCAAGAUUCCUUACCGGCGGACGCGGUGUCGACGGAGAACGGCUCCAUCCUGUGCAACACGUCGCGCUGGCCCCUGAUCAUCGACCCCCAGCUCCAGGGUAUUUCGUGGUUGCGGAACAAGGAGUCCGCGCCCGCGCGCAAUUUACAGAUCGUCCGCCUCGGCCAGAAGGACAUGAUGCGCAAGCUCGAGCGCGCGCUCGAGAGCGGCCACACGAUCCUGAUCGAAAAUCUCUCGGAGUCAUUGGACGCCGUGCUGUCGCCCAUCAUCCAGCGCGCGACGAUCAAGCGCGGCCGCACGCUCUACGUCAAGGUCGGCGACUCGGAGGUCGAGUUCCACCCGAACUUCCGACUGUACCUCCACACGAAGCUGUCGAACCCGCACUACCCGCCGGAGAUCCAGGCGGAGACGACGCUCAUCAACUUCACGGUGACCCAGGCGGGCCUCAGCGACCAGCUCCUGACCCUGGUGGUGCAGAAGGAGCGCGGGGACCUCGCGGAGCUCGCGGAGUCGCUCAUCAAGCAGCAGAACGGCUUCAAGAUCAAGAUGAAGGAGCUCGAGGAUUCCAUCUUGGAGAAGCUCGCCAACGCCGAGGGCGACAUCACGGAGGACGUGGACCUCAUCGAGGGCCUCGAGGAGACGAAGCGCAUCUCCAUCGACAUCAACAAGAAGUCCGCGAUCGCCAACGAGACGCAGGCGAACAUUCGGAUCACGUCCAACAAGUACAAGUCCGUCGCCGACCGGUCGUCCCAGCUCUUCUUCCUCAUGAACGACCUGGCGAAGAUCCACUCGUACUACGUCUACAGUCUCGCGGCGUUCACGAAGGUCUUCUACCGCGGCAUCGACCUGGUGACGGCGAAGAAGGCCGUCGAGGUCAACGAGGACGGCGAGGAGGUGCCCCCCGAGGAGGAGGCCGAGGUCGUGGAGCUGAACGACGAGGAGCUCGCGGCGCGGUGCGUCGUGCUCAUGAACUCGAUCACGCUCACGACGUUCAACUACAUCCGCCGGGGCCUCUUCGAGAAGGACAAGCUCACGAUCGCGACCAUGGUCACGCUGCGCAUCGCCGUCAGCGACGAGGUGCUCUCGGCCGACGACGUCGGCUACCUCUACCUCGGCAAGAUCGCGACGGACCCGGGCAACAUGGGGCCGCUCCACGAGUGGAUGCCCGAGGCCAUCUGGCCCAAGGUCAAGGCCCUCGAGGGCCUCAAGCGCUUCAACGGCCUCGGCGACAACAUGCACAGCGACUCCGACGAGUGGCUCGCGUGGUUCGACAACGCGACGCCGGAAAACGCGAAGCUGCCGGGCGACUACCAGAAGCUGCUGACGCCCUUCGACCGGUUGAUCCUCCUGCGCGCGCUGCGGCCCGACCGCGUGUCGACGGCGCUCCGCCUCUACAUCGGCGAGACCAUGGGCAACGACUACGUCUUCCAGGCGCCGUUCAACAUGCCCGCGACGUACGACGAGACGUCGUCGCAGACGCCCGUCUUCUUCGUGCUCUUCCCCGGCGUCGACCCGACGCCCUGGGUCGAGGACCUCGGCAAGGAGCUGAACAUCAGCCAGGACAACGGCCUCUUCUGCAACAUCUCCAUGGGCCAGGGCCAGGAGAAGCCCGCGGAGGCCGUCCUCGAGCGCUUCGCGAAGACGGGCGGCUGGGUCAUGCUCCAGAACUGCCACCUCAUGACGUCCUGGGUGCCCCAGCUCGAGCGCCUGCUCGAGGUCGUCCAGGAGUCGGCGCACGACGACUUCCGGUGCUUCAUCUCCGCGGAGCCCCCGGGCAUGGCGGGCAUGAAGAACAUGCCCGAGUCGCUGCUCCAGUCCUGCGUCAAGGUGUCCAACGAGGCGCCGGCGGACAUCAAGUCGAACCUGACGCGGGCCUGGGACAACUUCAACCAGGGCCGCAUCGACGCGUGCACGAAGCCCGACGACUUCAAGAGCUGCCUCUUCUCGCUGUGCUGGUUCCACGCCAUCGUCCUGGGCCGGCGCCGCUUCGGCGCCCAGGGCUGGAGCCGCAAGUACUCCUUCAACACGGGCGACCUCGUGAUCUGCUCGAACGUGCUCUCGAGCUACCUCGACGCGAACGAGGGCGUGCCCUGGGACGACCUGCGGUACAUCUUCGGCGAGAUCAUGUACGGCGGCCACAUCACGGACGCCUGGGACCGGCGGACGUGCAACACGUACCUCCUGGUGCUCAUGCUCCCGGCGCUGCGCGAGGGCCUCGAGCUGGGCCCCAAGUUCAAGUCGCCGGACCCGACGACGCUCAACUACGACGACUACCUCACGUACGUCAACGCGGAGCUGCCGGAGGAGAGCCCGCCCCAGUUCGGCCUCCACCCGAACGCGGAGAUCGGGUACCUGACGUCGUCGACGGCGGACCUCUUCGCGACGAUCAUGUCGCUCGGCGGCGGCUCCGGCGGCGGCGGCGGCGACUCGACGAGCAUCAUCAAGGCGACGAUGACGGAUUUGAAGGAGCGGUGCCCGGAGGUGCUCGAGAUGCUCACGAUCGGCCGCAAGGCCGAGCCCCUGCUCGAGGAGCCGGACAAGGGGCCCUACAUCGUCUGCGCGCUCCAGGAGUGCCGGCGCAUGAACGUGCUCAUCGGCGAGAUCGGGCGGACGCUCAUGGAGCUCGAGAAGGGUUUGGGCGGCCAGCUGAACAUGACGCAGGCCAUGGAGGACCUGUGCAGCGCCUUCCUCAUCAACCAGUGGCCGGGCCGCAACCCCUUCGCGCAGUGCACGUGGGAGAAGAACGCGUGGCCCUCGAAGAAGGGCCUCGUCACGCAGUUCGCGGACAUGCUCGCGCGCUACGCGCAGCUCGCCGCCUGGACGGAAGAGCUCGUGACGCCCAUCUCCGUCUGGCUCAGCGGCCUCUUCAACCCCAUGGCCUACCUCACGGGCGUCACGCAGGUGACGUCGCGCGCGACGGGCCAGCCGCUGGACAAGAUGACGCAGGAGACGCACGUGACGACGUACGUGACCCCCGACGCCAUCCCCCAGCCCGCCGAGUUCCCCGAGUCCGGCGCCUUCGUCCACGGCCUCUUCAUCGAGGGCGCGCGGUGGCCCGUCGGCGACGAGGUCGAGGAGGCCGAGGAGUUCGGCGGCGCGUCCGUCGGCGGCGUGCUCCUCGAGUCGCGGCUCAAGGAGCUCAUGCCCCCCAUGCCCGUGCUCUACAUCAAGGCCGUGCCCGUCCAGGUCACCUGGGAGCCCUCGGCCGUCGGCUACCUGAGGCACGUCGACGAUAUCUACGAGUGCCCCGUCUUCAUCACGACCAUGCGCGGGCCCACCUACAUCUUCCUCGCCACGCUGAAAACCGCGGAGCCCAAGUCCAAGACGGUGUGCCGCGACGCCAACGAGAGCCGGCUGCCGCGGAGCGCGCCGUGCGGCGUCGGCGCGGGCCGCGGCUUCGGCGGCGGCUCCCCCCGCGUCUGCCGGGUCGGCGACGCCGUCGAGGCCCUCUGGCCCGAGGACGAGGAGUGGUACAACGCGACGAUCGUCGCGGUGGCGCCCGACGGCCGCCUGUCGCUGGCCUACGAGGACGGCGACUUCCGCGACGACGGCCUGCCGUCGGAGGUGCGCCACCUCGCGCCCGAGGCGCCCGUCGCGCCCAUCGCGGUCGCCGGCGGCGACGACGACGACGGCCUCGGCGACAUCCUGGACGGCAUCCUCGACGCGCCGACGCCGAGCGGCGCCGUCGUGCCGCCCGCGCCGCUGGGGCCCGCGCCGGAGUCGGAGGCGCUGCGGAAGCUGUCGUCGCAGCUCGACGACGGCCUCGGCGACCUGCUGGACGGGCUCCUCGACGGCGACGGCUCGCCGCGGCCGGAGCCGCCCGCGCCCGCGCCCGAGGAGGCGGACGACGACGACGACGACUACGACGACGACUACGAGGACGCGUUCGAGGAGCCCGAGACGCCGCUCCGCGACGGCUCCUCGACGCCGCUCCGCGAGGCGCCGCCGCCCGAGGCGCCCGCGGAGCGGCCCGCCGCCGCGGCGCCCGCCGCGGCCGCGGCGCUCGACGACGACUUCGGCGACAUGCUCGACGGCAUCCUCGACGACGACGACGGCGGCGACGACGGCCGGGGAGCGGCGACGAAGCUCCAGGCGCGGAUCCGCGGCCGCCGGGGGCGCCGGACCGUGCACGAGAAGCGCCGCGAGCACAAGCAGACCCACGGCGCCGCGACGGCCCUGCAGGCGCGCAUCCGCGGCCGGAAGGGCCGCCGGACCGUGCUGGAGCAGCGCGGGGGCUUCAAGGCGCGCGCUGCGCCGCGGAGCCCGGAGAACGCGCGCGGCGCCUUGUCCUUGGCGCUGCGGUGCACGGGCACGCGCCGCUGCGGCGCGAUGGGCGACGUCGUGACCAUGAUUUGA